AUGAAGCCCCGCACUCUCCCUCUUCUCUCUCGCACCUUCUUCUUCCCUCCCUCCAAAUUCCUCCGAAACGCACCGUUUAAACCUCGCGCCUUCUCCGCCCGGGCCCACGCCCGCGACAAGCCUCCCGUGCGCCCCUCCAAGAGCCUUGUCGACGACGAGGCCGAACUCAGCGACUGGGUCGACGAGUUGCGGACUGGCCGGGCCGACAAACUCACCCAGCGGUUCGGCAACGACGAUGAUGAAGACCGCGAAUUCAGGCCGCCGCGGAGGUACGACAAUAGGGCUUCCACCAAUUUGGGGAAGAGGAAAGGGGAGGAUUCGAGGAGGGGAAGGCAAAAUGCGGGUGCAAGGAGAAAGUUUCAGCCGAAGAGUGACGACGAUGAGGAAGUGGCGGAGAGGGGAAGGAAGUUCAAGGGUGGUGGCAUUGGAGCGUUUCUCAGCGAAGAUGAAAGUGAAGAUGAGGAGAGUGAUGGGAGUGAGGAGGAGGAGAUAUUGAACAAGAGUAGAACCGCUUUGUUUGGUCAACAGAACGGUCUGAACCGGACGACUACUGAACCGACUCCUAGACCAUCUUCUCCUGGAGCUUCUGAUUCUUAUCUGAGUGAAUCCAGAUUUGACGAAUGUUCAGUCUCCCCACUAUCACUAAAAGGAGUCAAGGAUGCUGGAUAUGAGAAAAUGACGGUUGUGCAGGAGGCUACACUUCCAGUGAUUCUCAAAGGUAAGGAUGUCCUUGCCAAGGCCAAGACAGGCACUGGGAAAACAGUAGCAUUUUUGCUUCCAUCUAUUGAAGUUGUGGUGAAGUCACCUCCAACUGAUGGUGAUCAUAGGAGGCCACCAAUUUUUGUGCUUGUCAUAUGCCCAACUCGAGAGCUUGCAAGUCAGGCUGCAGCAGAGGCCAAUAAACUGCUGAAGUAUCAUCCUACCAUUGGUGUUCAAGUUGUGAUUGGAGGCACUAGGCUUGCUUUAGAACAAAAACGAAUGCAAGCAAACCCUUGCCAGAUCCUUGUUGCUACUCCUGGAAGGCUUAGAGAUCAUAUUGAGAAUACUGCUGGUUUUGCAACUAGGCUGAUGGGUGUGAAGGUUUUGGUGCUUGAUGAAGCUGAUCAUUUACUUGACAUGGGAUUUCGCAAAGACAUAGAGAAGAUAAUUGCUGCAGUCCCAAAACAACGACAGACUCUAAUGUUUUCUGCCACAGUUCCAGAAGAGGUGCGUCAAGUUUGCCAUAUUGCUUUGAGAAGAGAUCAUGAAUUUAUAAACACAGUUCAAGAGGGUACUGAGGAGACCCAUUCACAGGUCCGCCAGAUGCAUUUAGUUGCCCCAUUGGACAAGCAUUUUCCUUUCCUAUAUGUUCUUCUCAAGGACCACAUUGCAGAUGAUGUUGAUUACAAGGUUCUUGUUUUCUGCACAACUGCUAUGGUCACUAGACUUGUAGCUGAACUUCUUGGUGAGUUGAACUUGAAUGUGAGAGAAAUCCAUUCACGAAAGCCUCAGAGUUAUAGAACCAGAGUCUCUGAGGAAUUUCGUAAGUCAAAGGGUCUCAUCUUGGUUACUUCGGAUGUAUCUGCACGCGGAGUUGACUAUCCAGAUGUCACUCUUGUUAUACAGGUUGGUUUGCCAGCAGAUAGAGAACAGUAUAUACAUCGACUGGGUAGAACAGGGCGAAGAGGGAAAGAAGGGCAGGGCAUACUGCUACUGGCUCCUUGGGAAGAGUUCUUUUUAUCUACCGUAAAAGAUUUGCCUAUUGAGAAAGCUCCCGUGCUGCCUUCAGUUGAUCCUGAUACUAAGAAAAAGGUACAAAAAGCUCUAUCCCAUGUAGAAAUGAAGAACAAAGAAGCAGCAUAUCAGGCAUGGCUUGGUUACUACAAUUCGAACAAGAAAGUGGGGCGUGACAAGUAUAGGCUAGUGGAGCUUGCAAACGAGUUUAGUCGAAGCAUGGGGCUUGACAACCCUCCAGCUAUUCCUAAGCUAGUCCUCGGUAAGAUGGGCCUCAGGAAUAUCCCUGGUUUACGUGCCAAAUAG